GUACGGCUCCGAGUGAAAAUUAAAAACACCUUUAUCUAUUAAAUUUAUACACAAAAUAAUAAAUAUAAAUACCAGAAUUUUUUUUAAGAGAGUAUUAUUCAACAAAAACAAAUUGACGACCUACUGUGGUAGCAAGUCGAAUGAAAAUGGCAUCGAGAUGUGAUAAAAUGGCUGUUGCACUCGCAAUUAUCUUUAUUCUUUCAUGGAGCAACACCAGUGAGGCCUUCUUAAAAAUUGGACGUAAAAGAGCUUCCUCGUCAUCGUCCUCCUUGUCUCAAGUUGUCCGCACGCAAUUAUAUGAAGAGAUACGCGCUAUCCAAACCAGUGUCACAAGAGUGAAAAGAAUUUUAACAGAUGUGUACGCUCUCCAGGAUAUUCGGGAUUUAAUCGGAGUUUCUCAAAAAGAUUCUGCUACGAAGAAAGUAGCGAAGAGCUUGGAAAAACACAAGUAGUGAACCGCUUUAGUAAAUGUCUAAAACUUUAUGUAGAUAAUAAUAAUAAUAAUUAGCGAAUUUUUUGUUGCGUCAUCAAUUAAAAUAUUUUAUACAUAAAUAUUCAUUUACAGAA